CCAAAAUGGUUCGGAUGUUAUUCUAAGGUAAACAUGUGACUCAUCACACAAAUUUCCAAAGGUGGUAAAGCGAAGGCCAGUCUACGUAACUCAUGCUGGUUAGCACACACCCACACACCCUACACACAUAUAUGUACACUCCCUCAGCCUCGACGUUAACUGUAAUCAUUAACUCAGUUGGCUUCAAAGGGAAAAAAGAGAAGCACUGCUUAAAACCAAGCUGAACCUACGUACAAAUAUCCAGGAAGAGACUCCAGCCAGAAAAGGAGGACACCACGAAUCAGCUGGCUUAUGGAGGCACAGUGAGUUGGCUCAGCUGACUCAGGAGAGCUGGACUAGUCAGGAACAUUAUCAUGGUUCCAGCAGUAGUUUGAUGAUUAAUAGUGCUGAUAUCGGUGCAGUGUUCCUGGAAAGAUAAGACUAUCUGGGCUAAAGUCAACAGGGUGGAUCAGAGCAGAGCGCCAGAGCAGGAGAAUAUGGAACAGGAAAGUGAUCUGAACUGGCAAAACCUGGAGAUGAAGUUUGGAGUGAAGGUCUUCCUCACAGUACUCUACAGCCUCAUUCUUAUCCUAGGAAUUCUAGGGAACAGUAUCACUAUUCAUGUCACACAGGUGCUUCAGAGAAAAGGGUACUUGCAGAAGUGUGUCACUGAUCACAUGGUGAGCCUGGCCUGCUCUGAUUUGCUGGUAUUGCUGAUUGGCAUGCCCGUGGAACUCUAUAGUGCCAUCUGGUUCCCCUUUAGCUCUGCUUCUGGAAACGCAGCCUGCAAGAUCUAUAACUUCCUGUUUGAAGCGUGCAGCUAUGCCACCAUCCUCAAUGUGACCACUCUAAGCUUUGAACGCUACAUGGCUAUAUGCCAUCCAUUUCGCUACAAAGUGUUAGCAAAUGCCCGCACUGCUCACCUCAUCCUCGCUGCAUGGCUUACCUCCAUCCUCAUUGCUGUGCCUCUGCUAAUUACAACUGGAACUCAAGGUCAUGUGGUAGAGCCAGGAGGAGCACCGGCAAAGAACCUGACCUUCUGCACCAACCUGCAUGAGUACUGGGGAAUGUAUCGUGCCAGUGUUUUUGUCGCUUUCAUCCUCUACCUGCUGGUCCUUGGCAGCGUGGCUUUCAUGUGCAGGAGCAUGAUUGUAGUCCUCAAAGCCCCCAUGAUUACUACAGACACUUCAGGCACUAGCGGGCCUAAACAUGAGAAUGCCAGAGUCAAAGCCUCACGCAAGCAGACCAUCAUUUUUUUAGUGCUGAUCGUGUGUGCGCUGCUCGUAUGCUGGAUGCCAAACCAGGUACGGCGCAUGAUGUCAGCAUCCAUACCCAAGAAAUCAUGGAACAGGAGUUACUUGCUGUCAUAUGUGAAAUUGCACCCUAUAGCUGACACCUUCUUCUACCUGAGCUCUGUGCUAAACCCUAUGCUCUACAAUCUCUCAUCACGCCAGUUUCGCACAGCUUUCCUGCAGGCGUUGUGCUGUCGUCUCUCUAUCGAGCAUGUUAACAAGAGAACGGUGGAGAAGAGCAAAGCUCCUCAUGCAUCCAGCCAUUCACUGCGUCCGCUGCUGCGCAGAAAAUCCCAGCAGAAGAGCACUCCGCCUUCCAGCAGAGAUGCUGAAACUCUGAACCUGAGUGCAGAGAGCAGCCCUGUUGUUCAGAAAUUAGACACACCUCCAGCUGUCUCGUCAGAGACAGACACGUGAGUCAUGUCAAGCCUCCUCCUUCGCUAAACCCUACUUGGCACCCUGGAUCAUUUUAAUGGCCACUUUUAAGACUUGUUGGUCCACCUUGUAGAUGUAGUUGCAGACUGUUGCUAGUCUUUUUUUUUUCCAUGUACAAUUUGGCUGGUCGAGGAACUUUGUUUGGUGGAAUGUUUCUCAACUCAGCAGUGACUCACAUGAAAUACACAUACCAAUAUUUAUACCUAUAAUAAUACCUCACUGUUGUGCUCAGUAUUAUUCACCACAAGGUACAUUUUGGUCAUUGGUGGUCCUAUAGUGCUUCCUUUUUGCUUAUGAACAGGUUAAAUUCAGCCGGAAUUUCUACACUCAGUUGUUUUAUGUACAAACUCACCUAUGUGAUAGAAUUCUGUGGCAAAGUAACCACUAACGUUAGGUGCAAAGACGGCUCCUCCUUUAUAAACUGGAAACUAGUAGAUUUUCCCUUUUCAUGCAUUGAAUGAAUGACUGUAUUAAUUAACACUAUACAUUAAGGUUCCCUAACAACUAACAUUAUUUACUACAUUCUUUUACACAAACAUUAAUAAAUUCUUAAUAAUUUUGACACAGUAGGUUAGCACAUGUAUUAAAUGACAGUUGCUUAAAUGUUAAUGGAAUACAACUGUACUGAAUAAUGUUUAUUCAAACCAGGACUCAAAAUAUAUCCACAUAAGAGAGCAAAUAUUAAAUUACACUAUGUUUCCUAAUGUUGAUGAUGUAAUAUUAGAACUUGGUAUUCAGCCUCAAAUCUGAAUUUUACCAGUUAAAUAACACAAAAAAAUAUUUUGCUCAUUGUGGGCUUCACUUUACACAUUGACCAGAUAAACAUUAGGUAAAAAAACAAUGGUAUGGUUCUAGUGUAUAAACAUUGAUGUUCAUGUUAAACACAGGAUAUAUACAUAUGUUAUGUUGUGUGUGUGUGUGUGUGUGUGUGAGAGUUUGCUUUCACACAGUUGCCUGAGAGAUUAUCCACUGAAAAUGAAGAGUGUGUUUUGAUAUAUUUCAAUACAGACUACUUUUAUUAAUAUUGUAACUUUAUUUUAUAUUCAUACAUUUUCCAAUUAGAAUCACUUUAUCUAACUCAUUAGCCUGCUCUAGUGUACAGUAAAUCCACCUACCGAAUGCUUAAACAAAUACAUCAUUGUACUGCGAUAUUUUCUGUUGCACUACAUUUACAUAUGUCACUAUUUAAGAUUGGCUUUUACUGACUAUUUUCUGACUCAAGAGAACGAGUGCUGUGUAUACGUGUUAGUAAUUCCUUAUUAUCAUUUUGUUCAGCAAAUAUAAAAAAGUUAUAUCAAUAAAAAGUUAUUCCCCUCCUCUUUUUAUUGAUAUAACACUUCUACACUACUAUUGUUCAAAUUAAACACAUUUAAAGCCCAUUUACUUGCUAUUUUAAUAACAUGUACACUUGUUUUAUUCAUGCAAUUGUUCAGUCAGCCAAGUAUGUGGCAGCAGCACCAUGCAUACAAUCAGGUAAAUACAAGUCAAGAUUUUCAGUUACUGUUUAUUAUCAGACAUCAGAAUGUGGAAUAAAUGUCAGUGAUAUCGGUGACUUUGACCUUGGCAUGGUUGUUGGUGCCAGACAGGAUCGUUUGAGGAUAUCAGAAGCAACAGAUAUCCUGAGAUUUUCACACACAACACUCUCUAGAGUUUAAACAUAAGGGUGUGAUAAAGACAACAUUCAGUGAGCAGUGAUUCUGUUGGCAGAAACCAACUUUUUGAUGAGAAAGGUCAGAGAGAAAUGACCAGACUGGUUUAAUAAAUGGUCAGGAAUGCUACUUAAAUAACCACUCUACAACUGUGGUGAACAAAAACAGGCUAAAAAAGUUUAGAGAAAUUGUGCAUGAAAACCCCAGGGCUUCAGCUGUCUCUGAAAUACUCCAAAGAGCCCAUCUGGCACCAACAACCAUACUGUACCGCCAUACCACAGUCCCUAAGUCACAAUGGUUUUCCCACGUUCUGAUGUCUGAUGUGAAUAUUAACUGAAGCUCUUAACUUGUGACUUUGUAGUCAUUGCUCUACUGCCACAUAGUUGGCUAAGUGUAUAAAUGUCACGACUGGCCAGAGAGUGUACUUUAGUAAUGUUUGUUGUAAUGUAAUGUUCAGUGGUUAGGGUGUUUGACUACUGAUCGGAAGGUCAUUGGUUCAAAUCCCAGGUCCACCAAGUUGCCACAGCAGGGCCUCUGAGCAAGGCCCUUAACCCUCAAUUGCUCAGGUGUAUAAACUGAAAUAAAAAUGUAAGUCACUCUGGAUAAGAGU